AUGGUUGCAGAGAGCAAUGUCGCGCUGGUUCGCGUUUUCAUAAUACUCCAGAUGAUUGGAUGUUUUUCUUUCGCUUUUAUGAUUUUCUCUGCCCUUGUAUUUCCAUCUGUCAGGAGACACCCAGUCUGGUACAACUUUUGCCUCUCCUGGGUUAUGUUCUCCCUCUCGUACUCGCUGCUGUCGUUUGCGGGACAGCAAUUUACGCUGUCAAGCCAAACGAUCUGCAAAGCUCAAGCUGCAAUGGUUUAUGCGGCGCCAUUUCUCGCUGGUGGCUCGUCUAUCGCACUGGUGUUGCAGCUGCUGCUAAACAUCCUCGCUGUGUUGAGCCACUCACCUGUGAAGCGAUCAUUUCCAAUCAUCUCGUUUUCCUCGAUUGUCGUUCCUUGGGUGAUGUGGACAGCAAUUGUGAUCGGGGUUGUCGUGUUAAUUGAGCAAAAUCCUCAACUCGUCUCAAUCUCACACAAUGGCACCUUCUGUAUUGUGAUUCGAUCUCCCGUACCUCGUCUGACUGCAAUUGCUGCCGCAGUAUCUUCUAUUGCUAUUGUCGCUUUGGAAGUGGUUAUUAGUUAUUUGCUCUAUCGGCACCGCGCGAUCAAGGACAUUUUUAGACAGUCGCUCGCCAUGGCUGUCCGAGUUUUCAUCUUUACCGCCGUUGCAAUGACCGCUGCUGUGUAA